AAUCAUGCGCUUUGAACGAAAAUAAACACCAUGGAACACGUCAUAGUUAAAACCUCGAUAGAAGUGAAAGGGUACGGUACAUACCCGACUUUACAGACGAAGCGACAGGAUGAAGCUACAAAUUGCUGUUUUAUGUUUUGUCUUCAUAGCGCUUGCCUCCGCAAAAAGAAAUAGACGGGGAAAAGACAAGCUGAGAUGCCGAUACGAGCGUGGAGACUGGGGAGACUGUGACUUAACGUCAAACACUGUAUCUAUGACACUGACCUUGAAACAGGGGUCACCUUCGGAUUGUGUACCAACUCAAACAAAGUCCAUCCCAUGUGAACAUCUGGAACAAAUCAAAGCAUGGAAAGCAAAGAAGUUUGAAAGAAAAGCAAAAUUUGCUGAACACAGGGAACACAAAAACAGGUGGAAGAAACACAAGAAGGGUUUGAAGGAGAAAUUCGGAAUGGGCUGCAGAUUCGAUGUGUCUGUAAGUGAAUGUAACCAAGAAACAAACAUGGUAACCAAGACAUUCACUGUUACUAGAGGAGAUCCAGCAACAUGUCAGCCAGAAUCUAUCGCUUAUUCGUGUGAACUUCACGAGAAACUCAUGAGAUGGAAACAAAAAAGACAAGAUAAGAAGAAAUCAAAGAACCACAGAAGGAAGGAAUGGAAAAAUAAGAGAAACGAGAGACGACAGAACAGACGCGAAAGACUAUCAAAUUCAAAUUAAUUAUAUAACAAAUAAGCUAUAUAGUUACUAUCAUUAACAGUGAAAAAACAAAUUAAUCACAAAUUCAGUUAGAUAUGAUCUUUUUGACCCGAAAGCAGUUUUUUUAUAUUUGUAAAUGUUAUGUUUUAUGUUACAUUAUAAAUUAAACUUGAGACAUCGAAAAUAUAUACUGCUAAAAAUGUUUAAUCUUGCUUUUAAUUUAAUGUCAAAAGAAGUAUUUGUCUGUGUAUCAGAAUCAUAUGACGUAUUUUGUCAAGUUUUUAUUGUCUGUGACAUUUAUAUUAUAACAUUGACUGUAAAUGUUUUUAAGUGUAUUUCCAAAAUAUUUUUGUAACUACUUGACCUUAUGAAAAUCCAUUUAGACUGCAAAACAACGACUUAGCUAUUAAAUCAUGAGUCUGAGUGAUA